ACCUGCAUUGGUUUGUAAAAAAAAUAACUCUCAAAUAGCGAUUGAAGAAAGCAACCGGGUCUUCCACAAUAAAACUCAGCGGCAUCUCCAAGGUAAAUCAUUUCCUGUAUGUACAUAUAUUGUUGAUACUCAGUUGAAUUCAAAGCCCCAAGGUCAUUCUUUGGGUUUUGAUUUCUUUUGCAUGUCCUCUCGGAUGGCUUAAAUAGAAAAUAUCGGAUGAAAUCGAUUAGGAUCUGAGGCAUUCACAAGCCGAUAUUGGUGAGCUCGUUCGAUUUGGUAUCGAAAUGAGAAAAUCUCCAAAGGGAAUACAAAAUGUUGUUAGAGUACGCUGUGCAAUACAAACAAUCAGUAGGAAGAUAAGGGUUCUUCUUAAUACCAUCAUACUAUUUAAUAUCCAUUUCAUUGCUUCCUUGGGUCAAAAUGUUAAUGUUAAAUACACUAUUGCAACACCAAGAAUCUAAUGUUUUUUACAGAUUAUUUAUAUACGUUAAGAAAAAACAAAUAAGGAGAUUAAGAUAGUACUGUGAUGGCAUGAGUCAGUAACUAACGUAAAUCACGUAAUAGAUUACUACUCAAAUCAUAUUAGUACUGAGUUGUGAAUAGAACUGAACUAUUAGUACUGUGUUAGGAAUUGAACUUAUUCUGGAUAGGUAGGCAAAUGGGGACCGUGUGCUGAUUGAUGAUUCCUAUUAAAAAUUCACGGUUGAACCUAUGAUUUAAGAUGUGUUAAAAAAAACCUAUGAUUAAAGAUAUGUUACCUUAUGUUUCUUCAGGUGAACUCGAUUUUCUUAACUCCUUUCUAUUAGAUUGGAGAAUUCAAAGCUGAACUAUUAGUAGUACUGUGUUAGGAAUGGAACUUAUUCUGGAUAGGUAGGCAAAUGGGGACCGUAUCCUGAUUGAUGAUUCCUAUUAUAAAUUCACGGUUGAACCUAUGAUUUAAGAUAUGUUAAAAAAACCUAUGAUUUAAGAUAUAUUACCCUAUGUUUUUUUCAGGUGAACUCGAUUUUUUUAACUCCUUUCCAUUAGAUUGGAGAAUUCGAAGCUCCCCAACAUCUAUGACUUUUCCAACGAUGUAAACAUUUAAGAAAAUAAUUAAGAAUAAUAUUAUUUAUCUGAAAAUAAAUAUAGUACAAUAUGGAUAAAUAAAGAAAAUACCAAUUAAAAAUUCAGUCUCUAGUCUUCCAUUCAAAACAGAAUUGGAUAUUAAUACUAUUCAUCUGAAAAUAAAUAUAGUAAAAUAUGGAUAAAUAAAGAAAAUACCAAUUGAAAAUUCAGUCUCUAGUCUUCCACUCAAAACAAAAUUGGAUUGUUCCCAAAGAUUUCAAAUAGUUAUUCCUACAAGUAGCAUGAAUUAUGAUUCCCUGGAAGAAAUUUAAAACAGCACAUACAUUAUUCACGAUGUCAGUAAAACAAAUCGUAAAUGAAAACUUACAAAAGUCGCAUUAUUUACCUUUUUGUAUGCAAAUAUGAUCUCUAAACUCUCACCAAACCCUGACAUUCAACAGUUUCCAAGUGGGGAUGACUUUGGCUUCAAUCCACCAAGUUUUUUCCAUGGUUAAAUUUCAUCAAGGUACACAAAUCUUUUUCUCAGAAAACAUUAUAAGAGAUACAUUUUGAAAUCAAUGUAUUUGAAUUUGAGGUUCAAAUGCUGUAUAUAUAGAAAAAGAAAAGGUCGUGGAUUUAGGAUAUUUCAAUUCAAUACAUUUAGAGAUUAUAAGCCGGUAGUUUAGUAAAAUCAUAUAUCUUGUGAAUCAAGUUUAUGCAAGUUAUAGAAAAAAAGAUUUUUGGGUAUAUUAUAAUAUAGAUUUAAGUUACCAAAUUCUGCGGUUUCUUGUUUUAAUUGGUUGUUAUUGAUAUUUUGAAGAUAUGAAAAUAUGAAGAUCGAGCAGGUAUUUACAAUUAAGUAUAUUCACUACUGUUAUUUAAGCAACUUCCUAAAUUUAGUUUAUUUGAUUAAAUUUUAGCUUUUUAUUUAAUGGUAUAGAUAUUUAUGGUUACUGAUUUGAAAAAAGAUUGAUAUCUAUGAUUUAGUAUAUUCGACAUGGUUAUGCAUGGAAAUUCCGAAAAUUUAGUUUAUUUUUCCUUAUUUUUAGCUUUUGAUUUAGAAUAAACUUUUAUGUAUGUAAAAUUUUAUUCCAUAAUAGAGAUUUAAAGUACCAAAAUUUGCGGUUUCUUGUUUUGAUUGGUUGUUAGUGAUAUUUGGAAGAUAUGAAAAUAUAAAGAUCGACCAAGUAUUUAUAAUUUUCUUUAAUUCGCUAUUGUUAUUUAAGCAACUUCCAAAAAUUAAGUUAAAUUGCUUAAAAUUUAGCUUUUUAUUUAUUGGUAUAGAUAUUUAUGAUUAUUGAUUUGAAAAAAAAAUUGGUAUUUAUGAAAUUUCUUAAUUUUAAUAAAUUAUAUAUAAAAGAGGUUUUGGGGGUUAUGUGUUCGUUUAUAUCUCAUACUAUACAUAUAAAAUGGCUAGCUUACAAAGAUAUGAAUAAUGUAACAUGUAAGUUUUCUGGUGAAAUUGUUUGUAACCAAAACAUUGAUUGGAAGUGACGAAUGGUCGAUACACUGAUAGUAAGAAAAUGUUUUGUUUUUGUUUGGUAGCUUCAGAAUCCAAUAAGAACAAACACGUUGAAGCUUUGGUGUACAUGGAAUAUUAUUAUCAAUAUACAAAGAUUUUGUACAUAUAUGUCUAUUAAUUGAAGUUUAUUUUAAAAGUAGCUGUUGAUAUGUAAUCUUACAUUAUGGUUCAAUAGGAAGGAAACGCUAAACACAUAGAUGUUGUUUUUUAAAUAAAAGGAUUUAGUGCUGUUUAGAUAAAAAGAAAUUCAAAAAAUACAGAAUUUAAUUAAAAACAUAGCUUAAAAUAUUUCAGUGGCAGAAUCUUGUAAAUAUUGUUGAAACAAAAGGGUGUCUCAAAAAAAGGGCCUUCUGUUUUAAUAGUAUUGAUUACCAGUGCUGGAGGUGCUGAGUUCAAUUACCCCUGACAGCCUUUUGUUUUAUUUUGAACCCAAAUAUAAAAUAGGACACAUGUCACUCCCAUAACGCACGACUUGAUGACGUGGCAUCACAGGAGGGAGGCGAACAUAUUUUUAUAUAUAUAGAUAGAUCUUAAAAACAUAUUUUUAAAAAGAUUCUCUAAUUUAUUAUUUGACAUUGUUAUUUAAUCGUUAUAUUAGUAAAUAUUUAAAAAAAAAAUAACAAAGUAAAAUGUAUUAAACAAAUUACUAUAUAUUAAUAAUUCGGAAUAAUAAAUAUAAAAAUAAUGUUAUAGAAUUACAUAACAGACAACAAUAAAAUGAAAAUUAUAUAUUUAAAAAAACUUUGUAAUAAUAAUAUUAAGAUUAUACAUUUAUAAAAGAUGAAAAAAAUAUUUGAUUGGACUAGACGACUAACAUGGGUGAAGAUCGGGAAAAGAAAAAGAGUUGACCAAAAAAAGAGUGAAGAAGACACAGUCGCUUCACUGUAGCUGGGUUCGUUGAAGAUCUUCUUCCACGGAACAGUGUCGGGAUCCUUUGCUAUGUCUCUUCAUUUCCAGCUUUUUCCAUCUCGAUAGAAAAGAAAUUUACGAUAGUUACAGUGAUACUUUCUCCAUAGCAACCAAAUCUGUAAGCUCCUCAAUCCAUCGAUGCUUCGUCUAAACACCUUCUUGUGUCUGUAUGAGAGAAAAAAAGAGUCAAUUCCUUUGCUGCAAUGAGAAUACUCACUCGAUUGGAGAGAUUCGACAUCCGCAGAUUGCUGUCGGGCAUCAUCGUUACCGCUGGUUUAGUUGUUCUACUUGUUCUGUGUUUCGGUAUCCCCUGUCGCAGUUCUUUUUGCUUGUCUCCGGUUAAGGUUUCAGGGAUCGUAGCUAACUCCAAUGAAGUAGUCUCUGUCGUUAAAACAGAGAUAAAUCACAUAAAUGAUGAUGCUGAAUAUGAAGAGGAGACAAGAAACAAUGGUUCUUCUAGAGAUAAUGUUGUUGCAAUUAGCAAUGUAAAAGUACAACUCAAUGUAUCUGUUAACUCUUCACCAAAUGUAUCAUUGGGGAAGCCUGAAAUGGCGGUCGAAGGUUCGGUUUUGGUUAGGAGUAAUGUUUUGCCUAUUUUGAAAAGACAGAAGCAAGUAGCUGCCACAGUUUCCAUAUCUCAGAUGAACUCAUUGCUGAUCCGGAGUCUUUCUUCUUCUCAUUCCCCUAAGCCGCGUUGGUCAUCUGCUCGAGACUCUGAAAUGCUCUCUGCCAAAUCCGAGAUUGAGAACGCUUCUGUUGUUCAUGAGUCUCUUGGACUCGAUGCUUCCGUUUAUCGAAAUAUCUCCAAGUUCCUAAGGAGUUACGACUUGAUGGAGAGGAAACUUAGAGUUUAUGUGUACAAGGAAGGAAAGAAACCUAUAUUCCAUAGGCCCAUGCCUCGAGGAAUCUAUGCUUCAGAAGGUUGGUUCAUGAAGCUCAUGGAAAGCAACAAGAAGUUUCUAGUAAAAGACCCGAGGAAGGCUCAUUUGUUCUACAUACCUGUCAGCAUUAAAGCUCUCAGGACCUCUCUGGGACGGGACUUUCAGACACCAAAGGGUCUCGCAGACCAUCUGGAGGAAUAUGUGGAUUUGAUAGCAGCAAAGUACAAGUUCUGGAACCGAACUGCUGGAGCCGAUCACUUUCUUGUUGCUUGCCAUGAUUGGGGCAACAAACUUACAAAGAAACACAUGAGUAACAGUGUCAGAGCACUUUGCAACUCAAAUGUUGCACAAGGCUUCAGAAUUGGGAUCAACACAGCUCUACCGGUCACGUAUAUACGCUCUGCCGAGUCUCCUAUAGAGUACCGAGGAGGCAAAACUCCAUCAGAGAGGAAGAUUCUUGCAUUCUUUGCUGGAAGCAUGCAUGGCUAUCUCCGACCCAUCCUUGUGCAGCUUUGGGAGAACAAAUCACCUGACAUGAAGAUCUUCGGCCCAAUGCCUCGUGACCCUCAAGGCAAGAAACAGUACCGUGAAUACAUGAAGAGCAGCAGGUACUGUAUAUGUGCAAGGGGUUAUGAAGUCCAUACGCCAAGGGUUGUGGAAGCUAUAAUCAACGAAUGUGUUCCUGUUAUCAUUGCUGACAACUACGUGCCUCCCUUUUUCGAGGUUCUGAAUUGGGAGGAAUUUGCGGUGUUUGUGGAGGAGAAAGACAUACAGAAUCUGAGGAACAUUCUGGUGUCUAUACCAGAAGAGAGAUAUAUUGGCAUGCAAGCAAGGGUGAAGACUGUUCAGCAACAUUUCCUGUGGCACAAGAAACCUGUCAAGUUUGAUCUCUUUCAUAUGAUUUUGCAUUCAGUUUGGCACAGCCGACUUAACAGGGUUAAAACCAAGUCAAGGCAUUGACUAGUAUAUAUGUAUGUAAGAAUAUUGUAAGGGCUUGUUACAACUUUUCAUUUUGUAACGUUGUCGAACUUCUAAGUUAGUUAAUACUUCAAAUAAUACAAAGAUGAUUCCAUGUCA